CAGUGAGCAAUAAGGAAGUAGCUUCUCUUCCCGUCCUGUAGGUGACGCUAAGAAAAGCAGUUUGACAGCUCUGUUGGAUGAGUUCUGUGUGCUGGUACAUUUUUUUUUAUUUCAUUAAAAUCUUCAAAUCAUCUGAACAAGUGUGUGACGCAGACUUGUACUCACAGAAUGUGUACACUCCAGUGUUUUGUUUUUCUCCACAAACAACCUUUUUAGACGGACACUCAGUUAUUGCUCAUAGAGAGCUCUCAGAACUAAUGCAAUUUCCUGCUACUUGUUAACCUCACAAGGAAAAAAAAACAAGAAAAAAAACCCAAACAGCUACAACAACAACAAAACGGGGACAACAUACUUGUGUUUAUGACUCUUCGGGACGAGAAACGAUCGAUGUUCCUGACUGCAGACCGCGGCCGUGACGUCAGCUCGUGUUGUUGUGCUGUUUUUUUUAGCUGCUCGUAAACAGGAGUCCCGCCAGGCAUCGCGGUGAGUGGGAUCGAACCCGCUACUCCUGCUGCUGCUGAUGGAGGAUAUAAGCAGCCUGGAACAUCGCUGGGAGACACAUGCUGUGACUGGACUGACUGCUCUCACUCCAGAAGACAUGAAGAUUAAAGCUCCGGUCGUCUGGGCGUGUUCGUUAAUCGCCUCCCUGUUGGUCGACUCCUGUCAUGCGCAAAAGCUGAACAUCCACUGGGGGCCUCAGUCCAUGAUGUACCUGAAGGGCAAAUACGGCAGGAGGUUUGUAACGGAGGAGAACAACAAGGCACCACUGCUGUCCUUGCACGGCUGGUUUGCAGUACUUCGAGGUAGCCAGAGACUGCAGUCUUUGCAGAUAAGUCGCCCCGGUCACAUCGUGAUUUCUGACGGUAAAGUCCUCGUCCACUUCCUCCAGGACAGAUGAGAGAGUCCCCGUCCGCACGCUCACUGAGAACAUGUCCAGAACAUGACGGACGCUCCUGUGUCCACAGAACCACACAGCACUGACAUCAGGGUCUAUUUUAUACUGGAUGCUUCAAACCCAGACGUAGGACAGUGAUCAGACACGUCACUGCUAUCGGCUGCAGUAUCACAGUACUCACCAGAGCUCCUCAUGUUGUUCAAAUACAGUAUAUACAUAAUAUUGUUGUCCCUUUAUUCUCAGUGAUCCGACUUCCUCUCAGUAUUUCCGUGUAUAUUUGUUUAACAGUGUGUAAUAUUUCACAGGUUUCAACUUGCUGUAAAUAAAGCAGAACUUAAAAUGUU